AUGUCUAUUAAGUUGGUCAUGGGAGGGUCUACGGUGAACGUUAUUAGUGCUUACGCCCCGCAAGUAGGUUUGGACGAAGAGGAGAAGAAGGAAUUCUGGGAGGUUUUAGAUAAGGUGGUGAGGAGUAUCCCGAGCACUGAGAAGCUUUUCGUGGGAGGGGAUUUCAAUGAGCAUAUUGGGUCUUUGUCGAGAGGGUAUGAUAAUGUGUAUGGCGGUUUCGAUUUUGGUGAGCGGAAUGAAGGAGGAGCUUCUCUGUUGGAUUUUUCUAGGGCUUUUGGGUUGUGGAUAGCAAAUUCGAGCUUUCUGAAGAAGGAGGAUCACCUUAUAACAUUUCGUAGUUCAUGGUACCCUUCUCAGACUGGGGCGCCACUGAUGGCUCCUCCUGCUCUACCUCCUCGGAUGAAUCCUGGGACCCCUCCUCAGACUAGGGGUCCUGAGCAACAACCUCUGGAGUAA